UGACGUCAUCAGCUGUCUGCUAUAAAAGCCGCUGCUCAAAGCGUCUCCUCAUUCGUUUGUGCGACUGAAAUUAGAAGAUGGCCAGAACAAAGCAGACUGCCCGUAAAUCCACCGGCGGCAAAGCUCCAAGGAAGCAGCUCGCCACCAAGGCUGCCCGCAAGAGCGCCCCGGCUACCGGUGGCGUCAAGAAGCCCCAUCGCUACAGGCCCGGUACUGUGGCCUUGCGGGAGAUCCGCCGCUACCAGAAGUCCACGGAGCUGCUGAUCCGCAAGUUGCCUUUCCAGCGCCUGGUUCGCGAGAUCGCGCAGGACUUUAAGACCGACUUACGCUUCCAGAGCUCCGCAGUCAUGGCCCUGCAGGAGUCGAGCGAGGCCUACCUGGUUGGCCUGUUCGAGGACACCAACCUGUUAGAGAUCAGAAUCAUGAGUGGAAGAGGCAAAGGAGGAAAGGGUCUGGGUAAAGGAGGCGCCAAGCGUCACCGCAAAGUCCUCCGCGACAACAUCCAGGGAAUCACCAAGCCCGCCAUCCGUCGCCUGGCUCGCCGCGGCGGCGUGAAGCGUAUCUCCGGUCUGAUCUAUGAGGAGACUCGCGGCGUGUUGAAGGUGUUCCUGGAGAACGUGAUCCGCGACGCCGUCACUUACACCGAGCACGCCAAGAGAAAGACCGUCACCGCCAUGGACGUGGUCUACGCCCUGAAGAGGCAGGGCCGCACUCUGUACGGCUUCGGCGGUUAACAACCCGGAACCUGAAUGCAACACGACUCUCAACCUAACGGCUCUUUUAAGAGCCACACACACGUACAACUACUGAGAAAGCAAUUCACUGACAAUGUGGUCUAUGAAGUAACUCCCGAUUUAUCAGUAUUGGGUGAAAUGUUGUUUUAAGGGUACUUAAUGGCUUUUAUUCUCCCAACAGUAAACCAUAUGUUUAUAUCACAAGUAUUGUAUAGUACAGUAAAAAAAAAUUUGUCCGUGGAGUGUUUAUUUGUGAAUUUUCGAGCUUAAAACAGUUGAACGUUCUUGAAGGACAUCGCGAGUCAGAGUGGUUAGUGGGCGGGGCCAUCUUGACUUACGGCCUCCGCUUCCCGAGUGAUCCAAUCAUAGAAGAGGAAUCACACACUGUUAUUUGCAUGACGCUCGUAUAUACAUGAAUUCGCUUGUGAUACUCAUUAGUAAUUCUCUUGUCUGAGACUGAGAUAGAAAUCAUGCCUGAAACCACCCUCAAGACCGCGCCGAAGAAAGGCUCCAAGAAAGCGGUGACAAAGACCGUGAGCAAGAGCGGGAAAAAGAGGAGGAGAAACAGGAAGGAGAGCUACGCCAUCUAUGUUUACAAGGUCCUGAAACAGGUGCACCCCGACACCGGCAUCUCCUCAAAGGCCAUGAGCAUCACUGUGCCGUGAUAGCGCCCUCGUGUGUGUAUGUCACUUUAUCAAGCCUAUUCUAUUCAUAUAUGACAUAUGUCACCAUGGUUAUUAUGGUCUGUGUUAAUCACAUACUAUUUCUGUCUUUGUUAUUGUUAGAUAAUAUAUAUAUACAUAAUUGCUGCUGGGUCUCAGAUUAUGUUGUAUUAUUGAGUAUUAUACAGUAUAUGAAAUUAAUUUUCCUGAACUAAAAGCAUGACUUCAUCAGUCAAAAAAACACAAAUCUCCUCACUGGUAUUGAUGAUCUGGCAUCUGCUUCAACAUCACAAAAUGAUGUUGUAUUAUGAUUGAUUACUGUUGUAAAUUAUUGUGUGUGUGUGUAUAUAUGUAUAUGUGUAUGUAUAUAUUUUUUUUUUUGGUAUGGUACUUUAUGCUCAUACUUUAUACUCUAUCAUCCUGUUCUCUGUUUAAUUUAUGUUGUGCUUGGGUUUUGUACACCAUGCUUUUAAUAGUUUGUUUUAAUUUAUACAAAUAAAACACAUAUACACAUAUACAUUAUAGGUAAAGGAGGUAAAGUUUAUCAUGAACAUGAACACAGUGGAAAGUUACUCAACUAUUGUGAUCUUGUCUAAAUGAUAACAGAGGCAGUGGUUCAGCCUGCUCCACACUCUGCUCACAUUUCCUGGUUCCCUCCCUGGUACGAGGAGGAGCUAACAGGCUCCACCCACUGCUGCGUCACAUUUUGUUGAGAUUUUGUUGAGAUUCAAACGUCGUCGUGACUGAGAGGUGUAAUGGUGCAGGCAGGAGUUCAGCUGCAGAGAGAAACCUUCUCUUGUUCCAUCUGUUUGGAUCUUCUGAAGGAUCCAGUGACUCUUACCUGUGGACACAGCUUCUGUGAGAACUGUAUUAAAGACCACUGGGACACAGCAGACUUCUCUUUAUUUUACAUUCCAGAAACAAACACCAGGUGGCUCCAUUGAGCUGUGUCCCACAUCUCCGUGAGGGGGUGGGCCGGUUUCAGUGAUUGACAGCUCGUUUCGUUUGUCACAACCAAUAGAAGAACGCCAUCGUGGUGAAAGUGAGGUAGGAAGGAAUAAAAGGAGGAUUGCACCGUGGCGGUCAGAGGAAUGUGAUGAAGUAUUUGGUAGAAAACGGAGCUCCUCAGGGAAGCAUCAUAAGUCCUUUAUUGUUUUCCAUCAUGAUGAAUGACAUUUAUCAUGACAUGGAAAAGGAUUCUGGAU